UUCUUUUUCAAUUGACUCCUACAUAGCCAUGACCGCACAGCACAGUGUCACCGAUUACCACUCAACACCCACAAAACCAUUGACGUUUUAUCUGAUAAGAGAAGCAAUAUAAGGUAGCAAUGAUCCACAACUUUUGGUCUUUCUUCUGUUUUUCUUCGCCCAAACAGGAGAGUGACUCAUUUUUUUUUCAUACUUCUCUCGCGUCUAAACUGGGCCGAAUAUUAGCCCAAAUCCUCGUUGCACUAAACAGAAGGGUUUUCCUUCUUUCUCACCCGAAACAAACAAAUAGGGCUUUAAACGGGUUAAGCCCAAACUUGCAGCUGCUGCUGAAGAGAAGAGAACAUGGUGGUUCAGGUCGAACCUGCUAAGCUAAGGUGGGGAGAAUUGGAGGAAGACGAUGGUGAGGAUCUUGAUUUUCUGUUACCUCCAAUUCAGGUGAUAGGCCCUGACCAUAAUGGAAUCAAGAGCGUCAUUCAAUACAAAUUCGAUGAUGAUGGUAACAAAGUUAAGAUCACAACUAUCACUCGCACUCGCAAACUCGCCCACGCGCGUCUCACCAAACGCGCCGUUGACCGUCGUUCGUGGCCUAAAUUCGGCGAUGCCGUCCAGGAAGAUGUUGGUAGCCGCCUCACUAUGGUCUCCACUGAAGAGAUCCUUCUCGAACGCCCUAAACCUCUUGGUUCCAAAAAUGAAGAUCCAAAAACUGUUAACCCAUUGUCACAAUUCCAAAAAGGUGCUGUUCUUAUGGUAUGCAGGACUUGUGGGAAGAAGGGUGACCAUUGGACUUCAAGGUGUCCAUAUAAGGAUCUCACACAGCCAUCUGAGGAGUUUGUUGAUAAACCUGCUGCAACGGAUGCAGCUGCGGCUCCAGCCGGUUCGACUAAGGGUGUAUAUGUACCUCCCGGCCAGAGAGCUGGUGCAGAGAGGACUUCUGGGUCAGACAUGAGGCGGAGAAAUGAUGAGAAUUCUGUUCGGGUAACCAACCUCUCGGAGGACACAAGGGAGCCUGAUUUACUUGAGCUGUUCCGACCUUUUGGUGCUGUGAGCAGGGUUUAUGUUGCUAUUGAUCAAAAGACUGGCAUGAGUAGGGGCUUUGGCUUCGUCAACUUUGUCGGCAAGGAAGAUGCUCAGAGGGCUAUUAACAAACUCAAUGGAUAUGGCUACGAUAAUCUCAUCCUGAGAGUCGAAUGGGCCACCCCAAGAACAGCCUCCUAAGUAUUGGGUGCUAUUGAGUUCUGCCCCCCUUUUCCUUUUGAAGAUCUAUCUGUUUUUGUAAUCUUAGUUCUGGACCAUCUGUUUUCUUUUAUCUGAUUUAUUCUUUAAAAGUAAACGUCCACUCAAAGAUCACUUGUUGGUAAUUGAUGAUAAUCAGUAUUAUGAGUAUUGUUUACAGGUUGGCAUUCUUCUCUUAUUAUAAUUACACAGAAGAAUAUGAGAAAA